ACUCGUAAGCAGCAUGAUUUUCGCGCCAGUUGAGUUUGAAUUGAGUUUUUGUUUUGCAGCGAGGCAGCGAACGCCGCCAUAUCAUGCGUUUGUGACACAUUGACCGGCUGUUGCUCUUGUGGAUUUUGCAUUCUCGUCCUAAAUCUUCUGAUAGAACAGGCCUCGAAAUGGCCGUGGUCAUUGAGACCACCCUUGGUGACAUCACAGUUGACCUGUUCAUCAAGGACCGGCCGAAAACGUGCCUGAACUUCUUGAAGCUCUGCAAGACCAAGUAUUACAACUAUAACCUGUUCCAUCACGUCCAGCGCAAUUUCAUCGCACAAACUGGAGACGUUACUGGAUCAGGCAACGACGGUGCUUCCAUUUUCAGCUUUCUCUAUGGGGACGGCGCAAAAUAUUAUGCUGGAGAGCAGUUGCCCAAAAUCAAGCACACCAGAGCUGGGCUCAUAUCAAUGGUCAAUUGCGGAGACAACAUGUUUGGCAGUCAGUUUUUCUUCACCCUUGGAUCCGAACUGAACUACCUAGAUGGGGAACACCUGGUAUUUGGAGAAGUAACCGAUGGAGAAGACGUUCUUAUCAAAAUCAAUGAAACAAUUUGCGACGAUGGACACAGGCCUUACCAAGACAUCCGAAUAACUCACACCGUUGUCCUUGAAGACCCAUUUGAGGACCCCCCUGGCCUCAAAGUUCCAGAUCGCUCCCCAUCUCCGACUCCAGACCGACUUCAAAAUGGCCGAAUCGCUCCUGACGAGGCUAUUGAUGAAAUGGAAGGGAAGACUCUUGAGGAAGUUGAAGAGCUGGCCAAAGAAAAGGAAGCGGCAGCAAGAGCAACGAUCCUUGAGAUUGUUGGAGAUCUGCCUGACGCUGAAACAGCACCUCCAGAGAACGUUCUGUUUGUCUGCAAACUAAACCCUGUAACCUCAGAUGAAGAUUUGGAGAUUAUUUUCAGCAGAUUUGGCAAAAUUAACAGCUGUGAGAUUAUUAGAGACAAGGUGACUGGUGACUCUCUUCAAUAUGCCUUCAUUGAGUUUGAUGAUCAAAAAGCCUGUGAAGAUGCUUAUUUUAAAAUGGACAAUGUCCUCAUUGAUGACAGACGAAUUCAUGUUGACUUCAGCCAGAGCGUGGCAAAACUGAAAUGGAAAGGGAAAGGUCGUGGCGUGGAACAUGUUGGCGAAGGAGAGUUUAAUUUUAAUGACAAGCGUCGAAAUGGACAUGACAAACGGCCCCGUCCAGACGGCAAAUCCCGCAGCCCAAUACGCGAGAGCAGAUCCAACCGCCUGAAACAAGAAAAGGAAAGACAUGAGGAGAGGAGGCGCAGGAGCAGCAGUCUCUCUGACAAGCCGGGCAGAGGCCAGGUGAUGAUGCAGCAGCGCAACAGGGGUAGAGAUGUGUCUCGCAUCGAAAAAAACAGGAAACGAAGCUGGAGCAAUGAGGACCGCCGCAGAGACAGGGACCGGAGAAAUAGAAGCAGGAGUCGAGAACGGAGAGACAGAAAGCCAAGAAGUCGAAGUCGAGAACGACAGUUUAGGCCGCGAAGCCGGAGCCCAGUUAGGCGAAAAAGCAGAAGUCCAGCCAGGAAAGGCUCGUUGAGGAACCGAAGUAGAAGUCCAAUAAGGAGGCGGAGCAGAAGCCCUGUCGCCCCUGUCAGAAGGAGGAGCAGGAGCCCCGCCAUCAUGAGCAGCAGGAGUCCAAGGAGGAGGAAAAGUAGAAGCCCUGUCCAAAGCAGAUCAAUCAGGAAGAGUUCGUCCAGCAGAAGUAGAACUCCCAGGGCCAGGAGGAGCAAGAGCCCGAUGAGCAAGACUCCUGCAAGCAGAAGUCCUCCACCGAAGAAACGCUCCAGGAGUCCUGCGCGCAGGCGCUCCAAGAGCCCUGCGUCUAAAAGGGAGCGAAAGAGAAGUCCAAGUUUUGAAAAGAGGCCCAGCACCAGCACCAGCCGUGAUAACAAAGGGAAGAAAAGCGAGGAAAGCUCGAUCGAUGAGAGGCGAAUUGUGAAAAGCGAAGAAAAGACUAAGUCUGUGUCAGUGAAGAAAGAGUCUGCUGCUAGCCGUAGCUCGGCCAGCAGCAGUGUCAGGUCUGAGCAGGACUUAAAAAGAAAGCUUGAGAGUGAGAGUGAUUUGAGUGGUGAAAAAAAUAAGGCCAGCAGCCAAAAUGGCAAACGUGGCGACGUCUCUGUUGAGAAGAAGAGCGACAAAGGUAAAGGUGCGAAAUCUGCUGACUCCAAACGGCGUGAAGUGAAAAAGGAGGAGAAAUUCAAAUCCGACUCUAAAACUGAAACAAAAGUGAAGGAAAAGAAUUCAGAACUCAAAGUUGCAAAAGCUGCUGCACGUGUCAAGUCCAAAGAAGCGUUAGGCAAGGGUAAAAACGAGAAGGAGCCAGAAAAGGGAACGAAGGACAAGGCUGACGAAAAGAAGCUGAGGAAAAGCUCCACCGACUCCAAGAAAAGCAAAUCUGCAAGUUCAAAAGAUAAGAAACUGAAAAGAAGACUAAAGCGCCAAGACAGCUCUAGUGAGGACAGUUCAGAUAGUUCCUCAGACAGUAGUUCCAGUUCUUCAGACUCAGAACAAUCGAGGAAAAAGAAACGGAAAAGCAAAACGGUGAAGAAAAAGAAGCCAAGCAAGAAGAGAAGAAAGGACAGUAGCACUUCCUCUUCGUCUUCAUCGUCAAACAGUUCCUCAGACUCCUCAGACAGCGAACCAGCAAAGAAAAAGAAGAAGAGAGUAACCAAAAAGAAAAAGAAAGUGGACACAUCCAGUUCUGAUUCUUCAAGCAGCAGUAGCAGCAGCAGUGACUCCGAACCCAAGAAAAAGAAGAAGGCGAUUAAGUCAAAAAAGACCACUGCCAAGGAUGGUGCUAAGAAAGCAAAUAACGAACCUUUGAAGGAAAAGGACCAGCCAGAUAAAAGCACUGAAGUCAAGAAGACACUUGAAUGUAAAAAAGAUGAAGCUAUUAAACCCAUAAAACCAAACAAGCGCCGGUCAACUGUUACAUCUUCUGAUUGAUCUUUCAUGUAAUGUGUCAUCAAUUAUUAUGUAAAUAAACUUUGCAUUUUGUACUUA